CCUCCCUCCUCGGAUCGCUGUGCCUGUCGCUCUGAGCGGGUGUGUGAUUUCAAGACCAUUCUGCUCACUUGUUUGCGCCGUGUGGGUCUCCUGAAGCGCGACGACAUCACAGAGCUAGGUGGAAUCGGUCGGAACCACUGCGUGUUGAAGACAAAACUGUAUUAACUUAGCCUUAUGGAGAUGGUGUUCAGUAAGCAUAAUUGGUUUUCGUAACGUUAGAAGUAUACGGGGCAACGAGAAAGAUGGACUUAGCCUCCAAGAGUCACACUCCACGGAGUUCUCCGCUCACCAGUAGUUUGACCUCACCGUAGUUGCAGUGGGCGAGAUCCUGGUGGUGGGGUCGUUUCUGGCUGAACAAGUGGCAAUCGGAUGGAUAAACGACUCUACACUUCUCGGGAGAGGAACAAAACAAUGAUCAUGUCGGUUUUACCCUUGAAGAAAUUGAGACGCAACGGCAGAUAUCUUUUUGGAGUGAUCCUGGUCUUGGGGUUUGUCGCAGUCUUCCACGAGUUCCUCGCUGCAAAUACAUGGAGCAACAACCACCCCAAUGCUGCAACAGGAGAACUUAUUGGAGGGAGAGUACCAGAUGGGGGGGUGGCGGCGGGCUGCCCAAAGGGUUCGGAGCAGGAUUUGACCGCACUGCGUUCCCGCUUUACAGCGCAGGCUUGGAAGGCUGAGUACAAAGGACGGGCCAACCUGCACGUCUUUGAGGACUGGUGUGGGAGCUCCAUCGACCAGCUCCGGAAGAACCUGCACUACCCUCUGUACCCCCAUACCAGAACCACGGUCCUGAAGCUGGCUGCCUCGCCCCAGUGGACCAACUAUGGCCUCAGGAUCUUUGGCUACCUGCAUCCUUAUGCUGACGGGGAGUUUGUUUUUGCCGUGAGCUCUCAAGCCAAUUCUGAAUUCUGGCUCAGCGCGAAUGAGUCUCCCCUCGACUGCCGGCUACAAGCAUGGGUGGGCAAGACGGGCUCAGAGUGGACAGCACCCGGGGAGUACAACAAAUUUGCAAGUCAGACAUCAAGACCAGUUUGGCUGUCAGCACAGAGGAAGUACUUCUUUGAACUAAUCCAUAAGCAGGGGGACAGGGCUACGGACCAUGUGGCGCUAGCGUGGAAAAUCAACCAGGAAGGUCUGAGGUUCACGGUGAUCGGCUCCCAGCACAUCUCCCUCUACACCAGCGAGUCGUCGCUGUUCAUGAGCGAAGUGGAUCACAUCCCGCAGACGGCCGGCAGCCACGCGAGAACGCCGCUCGACCAGCCUGGCAACAAGCCCGGUUACCAGGCCGACGCCCAGCCCUGUCACCGGCCGGCCGGUCCGGACAUGCUCAGGGAAGACCCUAGAGACACCUUCUACCGGCGGCAGAUGAUCCCCGCCCGGUCCCUUCGCAGCGUGCUGCCCGACUGCUCCUACAGACCCAGCUACAUCAUCAAAGGCUACGAGCUCCUUCGCUACCAGGGCCUGCAGUUUGUGCACAUGACCUACAUCCACCCCAAUGACUACACGCGCCUCACACACAUGGAGACGGAGAACAGCUGCUUCUACCACGAGAGUGCCGAGUCUCUGAAGUACUUUGGACUGUCGCGGUACAUGAGUCUGGACCGGCCGGGGGGGCGCGAGGACCCGCUCCGUCAGAGAGACUCGCCUCUCCAGCAGAGUGACGAAGACCCGGAGGAAGAGGAUUACCGCGCUCCGGCGGGGGGCUGGGGGGCCGCGGAUGACGGCCUCCACGUGGCGUACGGCGAAGACGAAGACGACCAGACCGACGCUCAACGGCCCCGCCGCAACCUCUUGUCCCGGGGCGAGGCGGGGGAACCCCGAGGCGGGGUCCGGAACGCUUCGGACGCAGAGCCCCGCGCCCCGGCCCGGCGGCGGGACGCAGCGCGUCCUCCGCGCGCCCAGCCGGGAGCGGCGGGACGCGGCGUCCACCGACCCGGCGUAACGCCUCAACCGAGGACCGACAGUCCGCCGCCGCCGCAGGAGGUGAGGCCGCGGGACGCCGACAGACGCCCGGAGGUGAACGCAGACCAGGCGCGCGAUCGGGGGGACGCGCUCCGGAGGGCGAAGGCCCGGCCUGCGGUGACCCCGCAGCCCCCCCCGGCAGACCCGGUGGUCCGGAAGAGGAAGAGGAAGAGGCGACCGGUGAAGGGGGGCGGAGGUGGAAAGCUGCGGGUGCCGACGGGGGUACCGGCGAAGGGCAGCCAGGACGGCUCGGCCCCUCAGCCGGCCGUCGCUGUGACGCGCCGCCCGGACCUCUCUGCCUCCCGUUCACAUCGCUCCAAAGGCCCCCACCUCCCCGCCCCGCAUAUCAAGCCCUACAGAGACCCCCACCCAGACCUCCCCGCCCCGCAUAUCAAGCCCUACAGAGACCCCCACCCAGACCUCCCCGCCCCGCAUAUCAAGCCCUACAGAGACCCCCACCCAGACCUCCCCGCCCCGCAUAUCAAGCCCUACAGAGACCCCCACCACGACCUCCCCGCCCCCAGUACCAAGCCCUACAGAGACCCCCACCACGACCUCCCCGCCCCCAGUACCAAGCCCUACAGAGACCCCCACCACGACCUCCCCGCCCCCAGUACCAAGCCCUACAGAGACCCCCACCACGACCUCCCCGCCCCCAGUACCAAGCCCUACAGAGACCCCCACCACGACCUCCCCGCCCCCAGUACCAAGCCCUACAGAGACCCCCACCACGACCUCCCCGCCCCCAGUACCAAGCCCUACAGAGACCCCGACGCGAUCAUCUCCGACCCUGCAAUAAAAAACCUCACCAAGAGGGCGGGGACCAACCACACCGACACGUCCACCGUCGUCAGGAGUGCGGAAGCGUUUUGGGACGAGGGGGACACCCGGGUGAUCCGAGGCGGGACGAGGCGAUCCGGGUGGGACCAGGGGGGCGUCGAGGGGGACACCAGCUACGAGGAGGCGGCGCCGACGCCGCUGGUGUUCGACCCCGAGGUGGUGUGGAGCCAGACCUUCCAGGCGGACCAGCUGGACCUGCAGCUGCUGCGCUCCGAUUGGAUCGACCUGAACUGCAACGUGUCGGGCAACUUGCUGCUGCAGCCCGCCGACGCGCAGGCCAUCGUCCGGACCUACGUGGACAAGCUGAACCUCAAGCAUCAGGGGCGUUACACUCUGGUUCGAGUUGUGAACGUGGAGAAGCGCGUGGACCGUGCCCAAGGCAGCCGGUACCUCCUGGAGCUGGAGCUGAAGGACCCCAGUGGCCAGCUGCGCCGCCUGUCACACUACGUCUACAGUCUGAUUCGUUGGAAAAAGCCUCGAUCCAGGAGGUUACCGCCCCUUCGAUCCGUCCCGGAGGUCAUUCUGUGUAACCCGUUUGGUUUUCAGUGGAACCCCACUGCCACUGUCCACUUCAUUGUACCAGUGAAGAACCAGGCCCGCUGGGUCAUCCAGCUCAUCUCCGACAUGGAGGCGUUGUACCGCGUCACCAGAGACCGUGACUUCAGCCUCAUCAUCGUCGACUACGACAGCACAGACAUGGAUGUGAAGAAGGCCCUGGAUGCGGCCUCUCUUCCUCAGUAUGAAUACCUAAAGUUGAGUGGGAACUUCCAGCGUGCAGCUGGGCUUCAGGCUGGACUUGACCUCAUCACUGACGACCACAGCAUCGUGUUCCUGUGUGACCUCCACAUCUCCUUCCCCAUGGCGAUCCUGGACAGCAUCAGGAAGCACUGCGUUGAAGGCUACAUGGCCUUCGCGCCCAUCCUCAUGAGACUCGACUGUGGAGCCACGCCCCAGGAACCCAGAGGCUACUGGGAGGUGAAUGGCUUUGGGCUGCUGAGUGUUUACAAGUCAGAUCUGUUGGCCGCUGGGGGGAUGAACACCAGGGAGUUCACGGACCGUUGGGGAGGAGAGGACUGGGAGCUCCUCGACAGGAUACUCCAGUCAGGUCUGGAGGUGGAGAGGAUCCACCUCAGGAACUUCUUCCACUACUACCACUCCAAGAGGGGCAUGUGGAACCGCCGCACCAUGUCCAACUCCAGGGCCCCACUGCGCUAGAGGCAACCCCAAUACCUUAACGCCUAACGCGACGCACCCUGAGAACGGACCGGGCUCCCCGGGUGUUUCGAUGGAAAGGGCGCUGGCUCGGACGACCCUCUUUGCUCUCAGGGUUGAGCUCUGUACCACCAGUGCCCCCGCUGGAUGGAGGAGCACAUUGCACAGGAGAUACUACUGAUCGGGGAGUGCACAACCUUUACACUCCCAGAACAUUACGCUCCCGGAUCAAAUCCAUCACCAAAUCUGCCUUCUUUCACCUAAAAAACAUUUCCCUACUCCGCCCGACACCGUCCGACUCUGUGGCUGACACCGUCAUCACCUCCCGAAUGGCACCAUCGCAUCGGAGUCCUGUCCAGAGCUCCAAGCAAACCCCUGGAACCCUGAAACACUGGCUCCCCAUCAAAUCCGUUGGUUUGAAAGGCGCAAUAUAAAUUAAAUGUAUUAUUAUUCUUAUUAUAGCUCAGGCCCUUGUAUUUAUUAUACCGAUCCUACUGAGAUUUUAUUUUUGUGUUUUGUGUUUUAUCUUCGAGAAAUAAGGGAGAUAUUGUAAUGUAUAUAAGGAAGUAUUUUACUAUCCAGAGUUUAUAUAUUUCACCAGUAAUGUACUUUCAGAGGAUUGAAUGGGUUUUCAGAAGAUGCCUUUGCAUCUGCACACCAACGGAAACACGAAUCGACGAUCGAUUGAUCUUGGUCUUACUAACUCAAAUAUGUUCACAUCAGUCACGCCUUCCCCACAAAUGUGAAUGCCACAUAUGUGCCUUCUUUCCUCCUUCAUAUUUGAGGAACACGGUUGUUUAAAAAUACAUUUCUGUAAAUGACAUCGCACAACCUAGAACUAGGGUAACUAUUUUAAACCAUAGCCCAAAGUAAAUUUUCCCCAAAAACAGCUGUUGUUUCUCCGCUCAGACACAGAUAAUGGCAUUAAGUGAACUGUUCAAACUUUAAAUUUCAUCUUAUCAAUUCUUAUUUGAAGAUAGGAAUAUUGGCAGCUAACGAAAUAUGCUACAUUCCAGCACAGAACCCGCAACGCCAGCCAGAAUGUAUUUUUCAGCACAAUGGCAGUUUGUUAAUUCAUGUAUUUUCACUAUUCUCCACUUUUCAAAAUGUUAUUGAUUAGUAAUAAUUUAUGAUUCUUUUACCCACAAUUUUUGGGCUUCUCCAAUCUGAUACAAAUUUUCUAAGUUGAUUUUGUUGCGUUUUAUUUUUUGUUUUGUUGUUAAAUUAAAGUUGUGCCUUUUUAGAAUCAAAAAGAGGAUGCUAUUAUAUAUAUCUGUUUGGUUUAAGCAAAGGGUUUUUACAGUUAAAUUACACUCCAGGCUUUAGACAUAAUACCUCAUUUUCCCUCAGUACAGUGGGUCAUUUAAUGUCUGUCUUGUAUGUUCUGAUGUCUCUCAGGUGAAGAUUUCCCAAUACACUGUCUUGACAAAUUGGUUAUAAAUUAUUUUCUAAAACGUUUUGUUCUUUUUAUGGAAUAUGCGCAUUUUCUAUAGCCUACACAUUGCUACAUGGAUGGCUGGUGGUAUAUGUAUCCAUAUUUUAAAGUGGGAUCAUCACUAUCCAAACAAAUUUACAUUUAGUAUAGUAUUAUAACUACUAUAGUGCUAGUGUGGAUCAAGUCUUAUGGUGAUCAUAGCAUGUCACCUUUUGCUCUGCAAAAUGACUUGCAGUAGAUAUACAAAUCUAUUCGGCCUACCUGCCAACGGGGAGUAACUUUUCCACCUAGUGUGCCAAUAUAUCAAGGUUCGCCUGACAGAUUCAAAUCUUCGACCAUCUUUCUGACCUGGUCCUGUCGUCAUCAUGGGUGAGGUAUGAGGCUACUAACUGACUGAAUUAGAGAGGGAAGGAUUUUCCUUAAGAAAACGUUCCUGAGCCUAAUGGCAAUGGCACAACUUACAGGGCAUGUUAAAGCAAGGUAUAGUAGUGCUGUUUUCAGCUGAGGUUUCACUCAAGUCCUUCACUUGACUUUCCACACAUACUGGUGCCUUCCUUCCUUAGGAAUUUCUUCAAGUUAAAAUAAUCAAAGAAAUACUUCUGCAUUCUA